UUUCAGUAUGAGUUUUAGAAAUACUAUGUUGAAACAGUAUAGGGUAUUGAAAAAGCUUUUUAUACUUUCCUCUUGUAUGACUGGCCAAUAUUAUUGUCUAAUUUCAGACUGUUUCUCAUGCAGUAUGCCAUUUCCUAAUUUAUCUGUCCAGCAGCAAGAAAAUAUGACAAAAUUGUGUCUGCAAUUCUACUUACACCUUGAAUGCUCAUGUUGGCAAGCCUUGACCAAUAUUCAAACACUACUAAAUGUGUCAACAUGUGGGCCAGCAUAGUCUGUCCCUGUCCUGUCCCUUUGUGCUGUUUCUCCUCAAGUGUGGCAGUUUGCUCCCUUGUCAGUUUCACACUGGUGGGCCAUAGCACUUCCUGGCAUAUGAAGCCAACAGGUGGCAUCUUGCUCAUAACAUUUCUGCCUGUGCGUGCAGAUUUCAUCAGCAUACCUUCCAUGCUGUCACCUCAUGAAGGCUUGAACGAGGAAAUGCACCUACAGGACGGUCCUGUGUGUAGUGAUACCACAACUACCUGCACAAGUGACGGGAAGAGCCGGGAACCGCACGUGUGCAGCUACUGCGGCAAAGGGUUCAAACAUAAGAGCUUCCUGGAAAAACACCUGCGUACCCACACAGGCGAGAGACCGUUCGCCUGCCACCUCUGUCCCAUGGCGUUUGCACACAAAGAGAGCGUUGCACGCCAUGUACGAACACAUACGGGCGAGAAGCCAUUCCACUGUCGUUUCUGCCCAGCGGCAUUUGCCACCAGCUGGCAGCAGAAGAAACAUGAGGUGAGGUGGCACCUACAGCGGGUUCCUCACAAUAUGCCACCUAGUAUGCCAGAGCAUCGUCCAUAUGUCUAGGUCACCGUGCCUAUCGAGUCAAGGGCCAUCUCAAAUACCAAGUGAGGGGAGGCAUCUGCUUCAGCAUCCCACAGACAGCAACACUCCAGCUACCAGCAUGAGCGAGACAUAGAGCGGGAAACUGCACAAAUACAGCUGAUCUGGGAAGCUAUUUGGACACAAGUGUGACCGGAAUGUUUGUGUCCACACCGGCUAGAGACCAUACUCCCGCUGCCUCUGUCCCAUGACAAUGAUGCAGAAAGAUGAUGCUCGUGGGCCACUUACAGUACACUCAGGCUACAGUCCAUUUCAGUGUCUCUUCUGCCCAAAUGCACUCACCGAAAGUACAAAAAAAAAGAUGAGGCAGCACAUGCAUGGUAGGCUGCCCAGUGCGUAAGGGUGAAUAUCUUAGCACCAUUUAUGUGGCAAGCAUUUGGUGAGUGGUUAUACAGCAGGGUGUCGAACCGAAAACGUUUACAGGGGUUCGGAUUCAAUGUACAUUAUCUCACUCAACUUCCAUUUAGGCAAAAUAAAAGUUUGAAAUGCUGAUGUUAGUGUACUUACAUUCAGUGGUUAUUGGAAUUAACUGUUCUAAAUAAACAUUGUUUGUGCAAGUUCAUUAGGGAAUGAAUUCGCUAGCUCCUUAGAAAUUUCAAUUUGCACUGAAAGUAUGUCUAUGUUCUAGUGCUCCACCUCAACAGGCUAAAUACAUUAACUUUCACUGUCAAUUAAUGAAAAUAUUUUCAGAAUGAGUCAGUCACAAAUGAGGGAUAUUAAUAAAAACACAAAAACACUGAUACUGAUCGCAGUGGCAGAUGGCAGUACAGUGUGUCAUUGCACAUCCAAAGCUGACGUCUCAACUGCUUUGUUUAACAGAUAAGUGAUACAGUAUUUACGAUUCAGAUUUGGUUUGGGCUCGCGUCCAUUUCCGGCUAAAAUUCUGGUUCGGGAACACUUUUCAAUUCAUGUUCGAUAUGUCGCCCUGGUGAACAAUGUGCAUCACUGCUGCAUGUCUGCAAAUGUUACAAAAAACUGAUACGUAUAGGACAAAAUAAAAUGUUGCGAGUGAGUGAUACUGUGCAGUUAAUUGCCAGCGACAUCAUUACAUUUGUACUUCUAAGUAAGUAUACUUUUCGAAAUAAAAGUUGUUUCACUU